GUUCAGUACGCAGACGUGCGCUGAGGAUAUAGAAGAAACUCACAGUCAUUCGACCUGCAUUCAGCGUUUAUAACACGCGACUGACCGCUGCGUGACGGACACGCGACAUUCAAGUGCGGCGCGCGCGUUUCAUGGAUUAAAAUGUGAAUCUAUGAGUUACUUUGCAGCAAAGGCUGAUAUCUGACUGACAUCAUUCACCAGACAGCUCUCGAACAGGAUUUUAAAGAUGGAGUUCUGGCUUUUGCCCAUUUGUCAGAUCAGCUUCAUGUUGACACUGAUGUCAUCCACUGGUCAGGGGUUAGCGAGCCAGACGCAGAGUGCUUACUUCCUUCCUGAAUUUGCACUUUCUCCACAAGGAAGCUUUCUGGAAGACACAACAGGAGAGCAGUAUCUCACCUAUCGCUAUGAUGACCAGUCCUCAAGAACGACCCGCUCAGAUGAGGAAAGGGACACCGGUUGGGAUGCCUGGGGCACGUGGAGUGACUGUUCUCGGACCUGUGGAGGUGGAGCCUCGUAUUCUCUACGCAGGUGUCUCAAUGGAGGGAACUGUGAGGGCAGAAACAUCCGCUACAGAACAUGCAGCAACACAGACUGUCCUCUAGAGUCAGGUGACUUCAGGGCUCAACAAUGCUCCGCCCACAAUGACAUCAAGUACCAGGGACAAACCUACGAAUGGAUACCUGUGACGUACGACCCUAUUUCACCCUGCACACUCCGAUGUCAGGCCCGGGGGAAAAGCCUGGUGGUGGAACUGGCGCCCAAAGUGUUGGACGGCACUCGGUGUAAAGCGGACUCUCUGGAUAUGUGUAUCAGUGGGAUCUGUCAGGAAGUUGGCUGUGACCGACAACUGGGAAGCAAUGCUAAAGAAGACAACUGUGGCGUGUGCGCUGGAGACGGUUCCACUUGCCGACUAGUCCGAGGCCAGGCGCUGCCCCACGUCUCACCUGAAGAACCCAUGAAGACGGUGAUGGAAGUGCCAAUGGGUAGCAGAGGCCUCAGAAUCACAGCCAAGGGACCGGACAUGAUUGUGAUUGAAGCCCAAGCACCAAACAGCCGGAGAGAAGAGAUUGUGUUCAGCUCUUCAGGUUCUCACACUCUGGGCAACAAUACGGUGGAGUACCAGAGAGGAGCAGAAAGACAGACACUCCGCUGCUACGGCCCGCUGUCUGCAGACUUCACCAUUAAGGUAAAAUAUGCUGGCCCUAAAGACACCGUGAUGCAGUUUAUGUUCUACCAGCCCAUUCGCUACCAGUGGAGGGAAACUGACUUUUUCCCUUGCUCUGUCACCUGUGGAGGGGGUUAUCAGCUCAAUUCGGCUGAUUGCAUGGACAUUCGUUUCAACAAAUCGGUUGCAGAGCACCUGUGCCACAGCUUCCCAGAGAACACCAAACCUACACCCAAACUCAAGGAGUGCAACAUGGAUCCCUGCCCCGAAAGUGAUGGCUUCAAGGAAGUGAUGCCCUAUGACCAUUUCCAGCCUCUACCACGGUGGGAGCAGAACCCGUGGACGUCGUGUUCAGUGUCGUGUGGAGGGGGCACUCAGGAGAGAAGCGUGGUGUGUGUAGAGGAGGACGUCAACGGUCAGAUUGUGCAGGUGGAAGAGUGGAAGUGCACACACUCCCCAAGACCAUUCAGCAAACAGAGCUGCAACACGUUUGAGUGUCCACAGUGGAUGGCCAUGGAGUGGUCUCAGUGCACGGUUACCUGUGGCCCAGGUCUACGGUACAGAGUUGUGCUGUGUGUGGAUCACAGUGGGCAACAUGCUGGCGGUUGCAGCCCCCACCUCAAACCCCAUAUCAAAGAGGACUGCCUGGUCCCCGUCGCCUGCCACAAACCACGAGAGAACCAACCUGUUGAAGCCAAGCUGCCCUGGUUGAAACAGGCUCAAGAGCUGGAAGAAACCAAAGUGGCUUUGGAAGACCCAACGUUCAUCCCAGGUCCGUGGUCGGACUGCAGUGUGUCUUGUGGUCCGGGGGUUCAAAGGCGUCAGGUGAAAUGUAAAGUAUUGCUGUCUUUCACUCAAGCCGAAGUCGAACUACCCGAUGAAGAGUGUGACGAGGACAAGCCUCCCUUACAAAGGAGCUGUGAUUCAGGCUCCUGUCUAGCAUCUCCAGACUCAUGGCGACCCCUGAAACCCCAGCAGAUCCCUGAUCAGCAGGACUACGCUUGGGAAUACAUGGGCUUCACUCCCUGCUCUGCAUCAUGUGCUGUUGGCAAACAGAUGGCUGUUGUCAGGUGUGUGAGCACCUUGAAACAGGAAAUUGUCGAUGACACACUCUGCAAUGGCUCCAAAGUUCUGCCUUCCUUGCUUCGCAUCUGUAACCCCCAACCAUGUCCACCAAGAUGGGAGGUGAGCAUGUGGAACCCGUGUUCUGUGUCAUGUGGCGUGGGGCUACAGACGCGUGGCGUGUCCUGCGUGAGGUCUGUGGCGGGAAACCGCACUGAACCGGCGUCCAGCACAGACUGUGUGGAGACAAGACCUCCAGAACUGCAGGCCUGCAACCAGGUGGCGUGUCCACCGUCCUGGGAGGCCGAGGACUGGCAACAGUGCUCUCAUUCGUGUGGCAGAGGUACGCAGUGGCGGAAGGUUUACUGUAAACAGAGACUAGCUACUGGAAGCUCCCUAAAGUUGAGAGACGAUGAGUGCGCUGGAACCAAACCCGACGUACACAGGACAUGCAACAACCCUGAUUGUCUGCUGCCUCGUCUGGAAGGCGGAGAGUGGUCCAAGUGCUCUGUGACUUGUGGUAAAGGUGUCCAGCGGAGGGAACCUGUCUGUAGGAGACAGACGGCGUCCGGUCAGCUGGUCACUCUGGACAGGUCGUCCUGCAGUGACCUCCCUCUUCCUCCCCUGAUCAGGAGCUGCCGUAUGAGCCCCUGCAGCAAGCACACUCACUCUAGAAAACGUUGCCCUCAGGUCAUUGGCCUGAAACGCAUCUACAUCCAGACCAGACAAGAAAAACGGCUUAGUUUAACCAUUGGAGGACGAGCCUACCUUCUUCCCAAGACUGCAGUCAUUAUCAAGUGUCCUGUGCGGCAUUUCCCUAAAGCUCAGAUCCGCUGGGAGAAGGAUGGGAGGGAUCUGACUAGUUCCAAACGUUUGAGCAUCACCAAGUCUGGGGCUUUGAGGAUUUACAACCUGGAAGCUGGAGAUAUUGGACUGUACCGUUGCUGGGCCAAUCAAGAUUCAGACACCUUCAUCCUGAAGCUGAUCGGAUACAAUAAUAGACUUCUGGAACAGCCUGAAGGAAAGGGGUUGGCGAAGGAAAGAAGUAGGAACUUUCAUCCGUACCUCAACAAAGAAGGAGGUUUCGUUGGUUCAAAGUGCAAUGAGGGGUUUCCACCUGGUAAGAAGGCUCCAAAAUCUCGCCCAAGCUGGGUGCAAAGAAACGAGUUCUACCGAGAUGAUGAUGGCCAGCCUAAGGAGCUCUGGGAAACUCUUGCUUUGGGGAACUAUGCUUUGUCUUCAGGGCCCAGGAGCCACACAGGGGCCUUUGUCCUUGAACCUGCACAGUUCGAGGAGCUUGUGAAGAACAUCAGUCAGCUGGCGGAGAGCGGGGAUGUGUCGGAUGAAAUGGCAUCGCACCUGAUAGGCAAGCUACUAGAGGAUUUGGCUGCCGCAGGGCAAGGGGUACCUACAGGGGAAGGCGCUACGAUGGACAAUCAUUUAGAUAAGACGCCAAACACUUCAGAACUUACUGGGGAAAUGCCGUCGACAAGAGGCAGUCGCGCGGUAAUCGUUCGCCAAAGGCAUCACGGAUCUGACAUGAACUUCCAGAGGGAUCUCAGGAUCCAUGUGGGCAGGAAUGCUUACUUAACCAAUGCUACCCACAGCCUCACACUGAUGUGUCCCGCUCAGGGAUUACCACCUCCAAACCUCUCCUGGAGCAAAGAUGGAGCUCCACUACAGAACAGCGACAGGGUAUCGUGGGACAGUGGUGGAGACGUACACAUUUCGAGCCCUGGCGCCAAUGAUGUGGGCGCCUACAGGUGCACCGCCACCAAUGAGUUGGGCUCCGAUUCAGAGACAACACAUGUUCUGUUGGCUGAAACUCCCACGAUCGCUGCAUCACAGAGAAACACAUCAGAUCUGAAGAGUACCAGUCUGAAGGUGGCGGUUGGAGGUGUUAUCAGUGUCCGUUUAGGUGCCAACCUCACCCUGGAGUGCCCUGUCAAAGGUGUCCCUCAGCCAACAGUGAGCUGGCACCACAAGGAGGGCCCGCUAGGCGCCAGUGCUAGUCCUCUUCGGAACGGAUCUCUCCUCUUGAGGAACCUCACACUGCAAGACUACGGCACCUACUCUUGCGUGGCUGCCAACAGCAUUGGAAAAUCGGUGGCCUCCAGCCUGCUACGUGUGGCGGCAGGAUCUUUGGGUGAAUCUGAGCACCAGCCUUCAAAGGAAAUGAACAGGAAGAGGGUUCUGAUGACCUCUGUGAUCGGCACCAGCGUCACGGUCAAACCAGGAGAUAUCUUAAGGAUAGGUUGUCCAGUGGUCUCCAGUCACAAGAAGCCCAUCAAGUGGUCCUAUCAAAACCAGACCCUGAAGCAGAGUCCAGACGUGAGCUACCGCAUGCUGGCGGGAGGACGUGUUCUGGAGAUGAACACGCAUGGAGGGAAAUUUGACGGACGUUACGAGUGCCAAACACAGACCAACAACCAGCAGCGUCUCACAGCUUGGAUUCAUGUGCUUUCACAAGAGUUUGAGUGGCGUUUGGGCGAGUGGAGCACAUGCAGCGCUUCCUGUGGCAGCAGAGGGACUCAGAUGAGGAAGGUACAGUGUCUGACGUCAGAGGGAAGGGAGACAGCUCAUUCUGUCUGUCAUCAUCUUCCCAAACCGAUCAGUCAAAAACAACCAUGCAACGUCCUGGACUGCCCUCCCAGUUGGGUGUCGACUGUGUGGUCGAAAUGCUCCAGUUCCUGUGGGCGGGGCUUCCGAGAGAGGCGGGUGUCCUGUCAGCAGGUGGAGGCAUCAGGGAGCACGAGGGUUUUGUCCCGUACGGCGUGUGAAGGAUCUUCUCGGCCUGAAGACAGGGAAGAGUGCACCUCUCACGCCUGUGUGGAGUGGCUCACCGGACCCUGGGGGAAGUGCACGGGUCGUUGUCUGGGGCCUGCGGUGGCCACACAGAGCCGAACGGUGUCAUGCAGACACUUCAGCAACUCCACCUCCAAAACAUGUGACCCAAAAGAAAGGCCGUCAUCCGUGAGGAACUGCUCCUCCGAGAUGUGUGACGUGCACUGGAAGGUGUUACCGUGGAGGACGUGUACCGUGGCGUGCGGCAGCGGCUUCCAGUCCCGUCGAGUGGAGUGUGUCCAUCGGCAGAACAGAAAAACUCUCCCCGACCAGCACUGCGCCUGGCAACGGCGGCCUGUUACCUGGCAACACUGCAACAUCACUUCCUGUGGCGGUGAGUGUACGGACAGAACCCACUACUGUCCUGUGGUGAAACGUCUCAAGCUUUGCCCUGUGGAUCUGUACCGGCAACGCUGCUGCCAGACCUGCUCACAGGACACUAGCGCCACCUAGUGAGCACCAGAGGCGAAACUAACAGACGCCCUUUCAGUCACUGCACUGAUUGUCUCUCAUAAUACAGAAUAUUGUUUAAAAUCGUGCAAACCCUUGGACACCUGGUGUGAAUGCCCUAAAAGAUGUCUACUGGUGGCAGACGGAUAUUUUCUGGUUAACAUUUGACUGGAUGCUUUCCCACAAUCAUCAGAAGUCCAAAGAGAAAAUCACUUGAGAUUUGAGACUUGUCUCUCCACCAGCUCUCUUUGCAUAUUUCAUUUUAUCUUGCCCUGAAAGUGAUAUUGUAUGUGUAUUAAUUUAAGAGACAAGCAUUUUUUCUUGUGGAUAUGGGAGGACAGUCUUAUUGGACCAUUCACCAAUGUGAAGGAAAUUAAAAUAAAAGCAUCUUGAGUAUACAUAAUGCACUGAUACUAAUAAUAUCAGUUGUACACAGCUUCAAGUAUACCAAGAGACAUACCCCCCCAACCCAUUUUAAAGUCAACAUAAAAUGGUGUCGCAGCCCAUUUUAUUUAUCCAUUAGGACUUGUUUGGAUGAUGAAUUGAUUCAGGUGGUCAGAGGGACGACGUUAAAGAAGUAAAAAGGAUUUUGUGGAGUGCUUCUCAAGCGGGAGGCAGCAUAUCGUGCGCCGUCACGAUUUGAAGGAUCCUUGGAAGGCAGCCUUCGUUUCGCGUCCUUCAUCCAAGUGUGUCCUUCACAUCCUUAAAUCACCCACAAUCCUUUGCGCACAUUCCAAUUGACGAAAAAGAACUGAGUUCAUUAUGAAAUGUAAGACAAAAAUAAUGUCUUCUGAGAUGAGGGCAUACAUGUUAUCUUUUGUUUUGACGAAAAUUAAUCUCUAAACUGCCAAUAAUGUAAGACACACAGACUGAUCAGUGUUGCCAGACGUACGAUAAGGCUCAAUCCCAAUCCACCCCUUGGCCCUACCCCUUGUUUUCGAAUGUACGCCUUGGCCCUUAUGGGGUUGAAAUAUUCCCCUUCGAAAAGGAACAACCCUUCAUGAACCCGAUACGUCGAGAUGUCUGCGAUGGCUCUGCCGUUAAGGAGUUUCUACAGGAUUAUAACAUUCUUUCCUCGAAAUGUAUGUCUUUUCUGAUUCGGAAAGGUCAUUUAUUAUACGAUUUCUUAAUUUAAAUGACUAUAGUAUUAAUGGUGGUAUCAGCUGGCGCUUAAUUUAAAUGUUCAUAACCGUAUAACUGUUUACGAAGCCAUCUCGCCGGUGAUUUGCGAUGCAUUCUGUGAACUUUCUCGUAGCCCUUCGUUUGGAGCGUGCCUCUGAAAAGUCUCAGAUUCGAAGGCUACCCCUUCGCCCUCGAUCUCAACAAGAAUUGGGACAGCCUACCCCUAGACGUGAACGCGCAAAACCGAGGGGUAGGGGCAAGGGGUGGAUU